CAAGCCAAUGUGGUAGCCGACCCCUAUUUAAAAUAGUCUUAAUCCCCAUAAGCAGUUGAAGCCCCAGAGCGCUUCUAGAGGGCUUACUACUUACACAAAGCGUGUUGUGUUUCCUAAAUAGAAAUGUUAAAUUCGUCGAGAUCAGACAGAUACACCGAGAGAAAGGCUGAAUACAAAAACUUAGAGGAAUGAAAAGAUCCUACUAAAGAAAUGAUUAUAUUUUAAGAGAAAGGUUGAGGGUGGAGGUUUUCAGACGCCUCGAAGCCCCCAUUCAUCGAUCUUGUCAGUUACUUCUUUACAAAGUCAACCAUUACUAAUACAUCGUUCAAAGUAUUGGUCUAACUUUAGCCUUUGUAGCAAGUUGUAGUGAAUAGUACUAGAAAAAAAAGUUGUAGUAUAAUUUUGUUUUUAAGUACCAUGGACAGGGGACGCAAGUCCGUUGUUCACAAAACAAAAUUCGGCUCAAGGCGACAACUCUCUAAUUCUGAAGUCUUUGAAAAUUUGCGCAUCAACUACUCCGAGUUUCACAAAGAUCUCAGCAAGUUUAUUGAGCAGCUUCCAGGUAACUACAGAGCAGGGGUUCAAGCCCAGCUCUAUAAUAUCAAAGUCCUGCCAACAGUUCUGAGCCCUUCAGACUUUAACAAGGACGAGGUCGAGUCUGUGUUGAAAAAAUUGAACUAUGUACUUAAAGUCGCCGAGAAAGUUAUGGAUAAAAUUUAUUCGUUCAUGAAACGCAACGAUUGGUUCGACGAUCAAAAGGUCAAGCUGCAGUGGUGGAUCUCAUUGGUGAAAAUGAGCGCCAAAAUCGUGAAACAGGACACAGAAAAUAAUGGCCUAAUCAGACGAAAUUCUUCUGGAAUUGGAGGAUUUACUAAAGGAUUGCAGAAUACUGAUAAAGGGACUCAAAUGAAACAGAAAGAAAUCAUACUAGAUGGACUGUUGAAAGUCUUAGAUUCGAAAUGAAGUGAGAUGGUUAUGAGAUAGUUAUGAGAUAGUUAUGAGAUAGUUAUGAGAUAGUUAUGAGAUGGUUAUGAGAUAGUUAUGAGAUAGUUAUGAGAUAGUUAUGAGAUAGUUAUGAGAUAGUUAUGAGAUAGUUAUGAGAUAGUUAUGAGAUAGUUAUGAGAUAGUUAUGAGAAAGUUAUGAGAUAGUUAUGAGAUGGUUAUGAGAUAGUUAUGAGAUAGUUAUGAGAUAGUUAUGAGAUAGUUAUGAGAUAGUUAUGAGAUAGUUAUGUCUCGCUAUGGUAUUCGUCUUUAUGUAUGCAUAGACUAGAUGCUGCACAUUGGAAUGUUAAGUGUUAUUGCAAACAUUUUUUGGACAGAGAAAUACCAAGUUUUGCUUUUUUUUUUAGGGUGUAUUUUUCUAGACAAAUUUUCGCUGAAGAUCUUAAUUCUCUUUUGCAGUGUGUGCCAUUGAAAGUUAGCGCGCUUCUCGUGUGGCAUACGCGUCCCAAGAGAAGUGUUAACAGGAAGUUUAUUUAUGCAUUAAUUUCUUGAAGUUUUUAAGUUUCUACACAUAAAAGUUAAUUAUUGAAAGGGAAAUAAUUCGUUUCCGGCAGGAGUACAUUUGUGAACUUUCGGUUUUAAAACCUAUUUAAAAAGGAGAUGA